AGAGGAGAAAGAAUUCUGUUGGAUUCUGCAUGUGUUUAGGGCACAAGACAGGCUCCAAGAUUCUGAAACCUCUCAGAUAGCAGUCAAGCCGAAGACUCUUUGGAGAAGGACCACUCCCUGAAGCAGGGGGAACGUUGUCCCGGCUAUGGAUCAGCAUAUCUUAAAAACCGUUGCCAGCCACACUGUUUUUCAAAAGCUGAAGCAACUUCUUGCUGCAUUGUGCAGAAGCUCAAGUGCCACGAUGACCUUGUUCUGGCUGCUUCCACUGCUCCUCUCCCUGACUCUGUCCAGCCUCACAGUCAACCUGGGGCAGCCUAUGCUGGAGGAAAAGGAAAAUGAUGACAGGGGCCUCCUGGAAAAGUUCCUGCAGAGGGCAGAGAACAUCAUCCUUAGGUCUAAACUCAGAGAAAUAGAAGAGGAGGGAAAGACAAACUCAGAACCACAGUUUCUACAGCAGGACUGGCUAGACAAAAGGCAACACCCUGGGAAGAGAUACAUGGAUGACCUGGUGAAGAGGCAGCACCCUGGAAAGAGGGAGGAGGAGGAAGAGGAGGAAGGAGAGGAGGGGGAAGCAGGAAAUGGGGAGCUUUUCAUGGAGGCCCAGAAAAGGCAGCACCCCGGAAAACGGAGCGACAGUGAGGAAGAGCUGCUUCUAGAGGCCCAGAAGCGCCAGCACCCAGGAAGACGAGACGAAGACGAUUCCGAAGCCUUCGGGGAAUGGCAGAAGAGACAGCACCCUGGCCGGAGGUCUCCCUGGGACAGGUACACGGAGGGUCCCAGCCCCCAGUUUAUGUCCCUAGGCGAAUUCUCCAAAAGCCAGCUCCCGGGGAUGGGGCACCAGGCGUACAGCAAGCGUCAGCACCCAGGGAGGAGGAGCUGGGAAGGAGAGCUAGCAUUCAACAGCCAGGCAGAUGUGGAAAAGCGACAGCACCCAGGCAAAAGGUACCUGGAUUCUGGGAGCCCAGACCCAUCAGGUCCCUGUGAACCUCAAGAUGGCCCCAGCUGCAGCAGAGCCAGCCUGCUUUUAGAGUUCUUAGAUGACGUCGGCAAAGGUGAGAGAGAUGAGGAGAAGCGCCAGCAUCCCGGGAGGAGCCUCCCGGGGGAGGAAGAAAUGGCGGUUGAGGAGUAAGAGUGGUUCCCGCGAUUGUGCAUUGUUUUCUUUUAGUUUUAGAGUGUGCUGUGAGACCAACUAAAGCUCUAUGUUGCCUUCUCUCCUUCACUCCCUUGCUAGAGAUCCAUAGUAUUGUCAACCCAGUUUGGGAAGCUCCAACACAGUUUUAGUGGGAUUAGGGCCUCCUGCUUAGAUAGCGAGUCCCACAUGGGACGGGGAUAGUAUCCAACCUGAUUAACAUGUCUCUACCCCAGCUCUUAGUU